AGUUUAGCCUGACAGACAGGAAUUCACAGUCGUUCACUCAUUUUGAAGGUGUGAGUACUUCAAAAUUAUGCGCUUUAAGAUCGAGCCGGGGCAAAGAUGCAAUGGAGGUCACUAGUAGUUGGUCUGGUAGUACUGAGACUGUCGCUCGGCUGUGUGCUGUGGCUAGCCUUCGGACUGGGACCUAGCUGGGGAUUCAACUUCCCCCUCGGUUUCAAUUUGCACAAACUAGACUUAUUAUUCAAGGAGGAGAAAGUUGAAGAGUCCGGGGGUAACUCGUGGUCUCGGCGUAUACACAACCACAAAUAUGAAGAGGCGGCGACGACCUGUGAAAAGGCUGGAGAGGAGUCACCUACCAGAUCCUACCUGAACCUGUACGAUGGCAACAAGGACGAGUACGUGAGGAGGUACAGCUCCUUCCCGGACACACUGAAGGCGAAGAUGAAGGGCAUGGCCAAAGAAAUGUUCUACUUCGGAUAUGACAAUUAUAUGAAACAUGCUUUUCCCGAGGACGAGCUGAACCCCAUUGACUGUGAAGGGAGGGGACCAGACGUGCUUAACCCGUCAAACAUCAACAUAAAUGAUGUUUUAGGGAAUUACUCCCUAACACUCAUUGACACAUUAGAUACCCUACUGGUGCUUGGCAAUGUGACAGAGUUCCAGAGAGCUGUCAAGCUGGUUAUAGAUACAGUAUCUUUUGACAAGGACUCAACUGUGCAAGUUUUUGAGGCAAACAUCAGGAUCUUGGGAAGUCUUAUCUCAGCUCACAUUCUACUGACGGACCCAAAACACCCAUUUGGAAAGGUGGGCUAUGAAGGUUAUGAUAAUGAGUUGCUUCACUUGGCUCAUGACUUGGCAGUCCGCUUACUUCCGGCCUUUGAGAACACCAGCACAGGCAUUCCCUACCCCAGGGUGAACCUGAAGACAGGAGUCCCUCCUGACAGCAUCAAUGAGACUUGUACUGCAGGAGCUGGCUCCCUACUGGUGGAAUUUGGGAUUUUGAGCCGCUUGAUUGGAGAUUCCACAUUUGAGUGGGUAGCAAGACGAGCUGUCAGAGCUUUGUGGAAUCUGAGAAGCAACGAAACUGGUUUGUUAGGGAAUGUAGUUAAUAUCCAAACAGGCCAGUGGGUUAGCAAGCAGAGUGGUCUUGGAGCUGGUAUGGACUCCUUCUAUGAGUAUUUGCUCAAAUCAUACAUCCUUUUUGGUGAGAAAGAGGACUACAGGAUGUUCCAAGCUGCUUAUGAGAGCAUACAGAGCCACAUGAGGAGAGGGAGGGAGUCCUGUAAUGAAGGAGAGGGUGACCCACCUCUCUACGUUAAUGUGAACAUGUUCAGUGGUGAGAUAAUGAACACUUGGAUAGACUCGCUUCAGGCCUUCUUUCCUGGGCUGCAGGUGCUAAACGGCGAUGUAGACAAUGCCAUUUGCCUGCAUGCCUUCUACUAUGCCAUCUGGAAGCGUUUUGGGGCUUUGCCAGAGAGAUACAACUGGCAACUGCAGGCUCCUGAUGUGCUCUUCUACCCCUUGAGACCAGAGCUGGUGGAGUCAACCUAUCUGCUGUACCAGGCGACCAAAAAUCCUUUCUAUUUGCAUGUUGGAAUGGAUAUUCUUCAGAGCCUUGAGAAAAAUGCCAAAGUCAGAUGUGGGUACGCCACUCUCCACCACGUCGUGGACAAAUCCAAAGAGGAUCGCAUGGAGAGCUUCUUCCUCAGUGAGACCUGCAAAUACCUGUACCUGCUAUUUGAUGAGGACAACCCACUACACAAAUCUGAUAACAAGUACAUCUUCACUACAGAGGGCCAUGUUGUGCCUACAGACAAGCGCUUCAGGGAGAAACAGUGGACCGACUUGUUUCCUUGUGAAGAGGGAGCGCUGGCAGAAAGAGAUCUGAAAGAGAACCAACCUAUUAGCAACAUCAGCAAUUGCAACAGGAUCCCAGAGGAGCGACGCUAUGCUCUGCCAUUAAAGAGUGUUUACAUGAGGCAGAUUGAUCACAUGGUGGGACUCUUCUGAACGAUAGGAUGCAUGUGAUGACAUUGGCAUGAACGAGUCUUCAAUACACUCCCAUCAGGUGAAGAGGCAGUGAGGUUUGAAGGGAUCCACUGUCAAAUCAGAUUUCUUGUCCCAUCUGCUCAGGAUCCAGGCAGGAAAUUCAGAUACUGAGAAAGCAGUUUGAUUACUUACUGUAUUAAUUAAAAGGUGUGCGUGGGUAUUUUUGUUCUCAGUUGGUGAGCAUCUAGUCAACAAAGGUGAACAACUUUUCUGCUGGACAAUGAGGAGUCAUGCUUACUACUUUUUGGCUGUAAGUGAUUUUAGAAUAAGUGGUGUGUUUGUAUGGAGGAAGAAAUGUCUGUUCAGGUAUGUGUACGCAUGUUUCUUGUUUCCUCAGUGUAACUUUCUUCAGGAAAACACCAACCUUGUCGAGUCCAGUAGUCCUCACAGGGACCUUAACCGGUCCUAAUGAGGCAAAACGUUAUGUUUGAGGUCCUGGUUAAGGUUAGGGUUUGGGUUUGGCUGUCUACAUCGAAUGGAAGUCAAUGCAGUGUCCUAACAAGGAUCGGUGCACAAACGUGUGUGUGUGUGUGUAUGUUUGCGUUUGUGUGUGUGUAUGCAUUUUGAAAUUACAGCUGAGCUGUGAAUCAUAAUAUAGUAUUUAUGGGAACAGUGCCAUCUAGCCACACAUAUGUAAAGUGUAUAGCCUAUAAAAACACUCACCUCUUCACCAAACUGUCACUAAAUAUGAUUAGUGCCUCUUUGUAGUUGAUUCACAUGACUAGAUCAGUGCUUUUACGCAAGGGCUGCACAUUAACAGAUAAUGACAGGUGAUGACUUAUGCGCAUACUGUAAAAACCCUGCUUGCUGUGAGGUUGUACCAUGUUUUAGAUUGUGCCUGAAGUAUUUUCUUGGUCUUAUGUAGGUCUGAGGAUGGCUUUCCAAAAUGUUGAAACUGUUACACUAUACAUAAUUUUCUUUAUAAAUAGGAUUAACUAUGUUGGGACAAUUUUAAAGUGGCUUGUCUUGCUUUUGUAUUGCACAUUUAUCAAGUAAACCUUCAGCCAAGGCUAGAUAUUUGCUAUCCAGGGAGAAACAGAAAAACAAACACAAACUGCUUCCUGCCUGUUAGCGGUUCAACCUUUCUGAUAAACCACACGAAAGCCGAAACAUUCAUCUCUCAGGCUUCUAGCUACUCAAUGUCUUACAAAGGGUGAACAGAUGAGCUGUGACUGUGUGAGAGAGGUUCAUUGUUUUAAGUGCCUUAAAUCUUUCUUGGACUUUUGGAUGCUGUACAGUGCAUAUUAGUUGUAGAUAACAUUGUCAAGUAUUUUUUUAAAGGCCACUGUUGAUAUGUCACAAUAGGUUUCAUUCCAUGUUUAUGUACAGUUUUACAAUAAUUAUUUAGACAUGAUGAAACAAGCCAUAAAAUGUAAUUUUUAAUGUUAAUGAAUGAAAACACAUUUGUCUUCCAUAAUUCUUUGUCAGAUGUUUAGUACACAGAUUCUCCUUCAUAUUGAUUAAUUCUUUUGUAAAGUAGAUGGAGUCAGUCCACAUGGAAGUCUCAUUUGCUGUUUUUGUCUUUUACAUAAUUGCACAUCAACAUGUCUGUUAAUUGUCUUGUGGCGAGAACUCAGGGUUUAAAGGAAAAACAAAACUCAAUGAAUGCUUUCAUAUAAAAAUAAAACUUUCUUGACAGGUA